UCCACAGAAGGCAGCAUGUUCUCUUUGCUCCUCGUGGCCGAGCUGGUAGUGCUGAGCCUCGUGACUUCUGUUAAGAGCCAGGAGACAGAUCCCCUACACGGCUCCAAGGACCAGCCACUCUUCCGAGGAGCUGAUCGGAAUGACUUUGCCAUCGUGGUCCCUCCAGGAGCAAUCGAAUGUUUCUGGCAAUUUGCUGACCAGAUGGGAUACCUCUACUUCAGCUACGAGGUGCGCUUCUAUCAGCUUUGUCUAAAAAAUGAGCAGAAUCGCUUCAGUUCUAUUCAAGUGUAUCUCAACUUCGGAGUCUUCUAUGAGGGGCCCGAGGUGGAUCACAAGCAGAGUCAAAGGAAGCAGCUGAACGAUACUCUGGAUGCGAUUGAGGACAGCACACAAAGGGUGGAGAACCAAGUUUUCCACAUGUGGCGCUUCUACAACUCUGCCAGGAUGAGGAAGGUGGCUGACUUCUUCCUCCUGCAGUCUAACUACACCUAUGUGAACUGGUGGUCCACGGCUCAGAGCCUUGCUAUUGUUCUUUCCGGGGCCCUCCAGCUCUAUUUCUUGAAAAGACUUUUUACUGCUUCAACUGCUGACACAAAGAAGCCAAGAUGCUAACAUAUAGCCUAUUUGUCAAAGCUUUGAUCAAAUGGGCUUUGGAAAGUUAUUGGGGGGAAAAAUCAUUUUAUGUCUCCUUUCUCUUGUGUCCACCAAUAAAGGCAAAUGUUUAACAAAAA